AUGCACUUGCCAGAAACAGUAAUGGACAUCAAACACCCACGUCGCAUUCUCGUGCUAGGCAGACCAGACAGCGACAUCUCUCGCGUCGUCAAAGAUCUGACGGGUUCCGCACCCACCCCGGACCCAUCCACUGGCUCCCUCGCCGGAGUAACGCACGAAUGGACGAUCAGCACACCAUACUACGCAGCCGCCAUCCCCGUAUGGAUUGACGAAAUCACCGACGUCGAAGCGUGGAAAGCCGACUUCCUGGAACCUCAAGCUCAAGAAGUGGUCGACGCCUUGGGCGCAUGGAUCUACUGCUUUGACAGCGGAAAGCAAGAGUCAGCAGAGGAAGCCACGAUAUCUGAACAAGUGGAAAAGACCAUGAAGGCUGUUAGUGAGGUGGUGGAGAAAGCUUGUGGCAUCAUGUGGGAUGGUACGCGUCUUGCCAUCGACCUCACGCCCUCCAAAAAAGACAAGUCUACUGCUGUUGCCGAAGAAAUAUGUCUGGACCUGGGAUUCGAGUACAUUCACAUGGAUGCGACAGGCAAAAACGAAUAUGGAGAAAAGCUGGGCUUGGAGAGGGCGAAAGAGGCACUGGAAGCAAAUGAAUGGUCUGCAUCUUCCAUGAACGACGACGACGACAACGACGAAGACAACAUCGGAGGCAUGGAUGACGAGCAAGCGCAGAUGAAUGCUGAGCUUUGGGGCAUGAAGGCUUCUCUGCUAGAUCCAGAUACUGAGGGUGAUGAGGAUGGAGCUGAGGGCAGUGCUCUGCAGAUCGAAGACAUGGAGCAGAUGAUGAGUCAAUUGAUGGCUAUCAAAGAGAACGAGCGCAAGCGGUAUGCUGCUCGAGCUGUUGACGAUCUUAUGAAGAACUUUGCUUGA